UCCGAGCAAAACGAUAGAGCCUAGAAGAGAUGGCGGAGACCGAGAGGGAAAUCAGACCAGUCCAAGUUCGGAGUCUUGCCGGUGAAUCGACAACUAUCUCAAUUUCCCCGAUAAGUACUAUCGAAGAACUAAAACUCAAGUUGAAGGAAUCGUUCCUUCCAGCCAAGAACUCUCCAAAUUUUCAUCUCUUUUUCAAGGGCACUAAGCUGAGCUUGGGGAAUCAAAUAGGUAAUCACUCUCUUGGCCAUGACGAUUUCUUAGUUCUCGUUCCUUUUACCAAGAAGGAACGGCCUCAGACGCAUCAUCAACUAUCCAGUAAGCCUACAGCUUCAUCGCAAGAUCCCAACCCAAUUUCUGCAUCGUCAUUUUCUGAUUUGGCAUGGUCUGACAUGAUGAGCGAUUUAUCGUAUUUAUCUGGUAUCUCAAGAGACGGAGUUCAAUCUGAUCCAAAUGCUCAAGGAAGGGAUAAUGUGAUGAAGGAAAGUUUCUUUAAACACUCUUCGAGCAUCCUAAGGAGGAAACGGUCUAAUUACGAUGAACAGGAAAGACUACUAGAUGACCAAUCAUCUAUUUUACAUCCUAGCGGUUACUCCAUUCUGUUACAGAUUUGCAUGUACAUUCAAGAUAUCAGAUCCAAAUCCAUAGGUUCAAUGAACCAGCAGCAGUUCUUGGGGGAUCCAUUUGAAGAAGGUUUUAAAGCUUGCGAUUCUGAAAUUCCUGAAAACCAGGAACCUUAUCAACAUACAGCUCAUGGGUUUCUUUCUUUGUUUAGUGUUAUUAAUGCAUUAGGACACUGGAGUUAG